UUGUACCCUCUCUGACUGACAGCUGAUGUGAAAAAAUACUUGCAAAAUGUCAAAAAUGUAUCCGUGUGUUUCUGCAGCCUUUUGGUGUGAACCAGCCAGGUCCCUAUGUCAUGUACACCACAACGGACUCCAACGGCGACUUGAAAAACGCCUCAGCCGGCCAGUUGAGCCAGUCGGCUCACUUUGCCCUCCAGUUGCCCUACACUGUGCUGGGCCUCGGACGCAGCGCCAACUUCCUGGACCACCUUUUCGUCGGCAUUCCCCGGCAGCCUGGAGAGACGGACUUAAGGAAGAAGGAGUGGACGGCCAUCAUUCCCAACUCUCAGCUCAUAGUCAUCCCCUUUCCACACAAUCAGCCCCGCAGUUGGAGCGCUAAGUUGUACCUGACUCCUAGCAACAGCGUAUUACUGACGGCCAUCGCACUGAUCGGAGUGUGCGUCUUCAUCCUCGUCAUUAUUGGCAUCCUCCACUGGCAAGAGAAGAAAGCUGACGAUCGAGAGAAGAGACAAGAAGCCCAUCGUUUCCAUUUCGAUGCCAUGUGAAGGAAGAGGACUGCGUCAUUGGAGAACAUCCUCUCCUGUCCUCCUCCACCUACACCCCCCCCCCCCCCCCCCUCCUCCUACUCCUUCCCCCUUCACACACACACACAUGUUCACUCAGUCUCUUUUCAAGAUCCAAUAAAUGGAUCCUCAUUUGCCCCAAAACGUAUCUUUUUGAUAUUUUUCAGACCCUUAGUCAUAUGUGAAAUAUUUAUGUUCCGUGUCAUUUAUUCAUUCCAGCGAUGGAGACGCAGAGAAAUCCUAACGGGGAUCUCUCAGGAGGAUAAAGCAGGGAUUUCUUUGGACUGGCUGUUGUCAGCAGCGUGAUCAUCAGUGUCGUUAUUAGAGUAUCAUUUGACUGAAUAUGGCACAUAUUUCUGUUUAAAUACCCAACAAGUGACUCCAAUAUUGCAAGCUGUUUAUUCACUGGAAGGGAAGCACCUCUGGCACCGAGGGUUCAAAUAUGUCAGGUUACGUAAAAUCCAUUUGCGUGUUACUGUACAUUGUCUUUGUCUAGUUUAUUUACCGCCUUCUUUUUCUUUUGACUGAGAUAUAAUAAAAAAAAUCUUCAGAUUUCAUUACCUGUGAAAUUAAACUGAAUUGUAUUCUGUGAUAUCAAUCUCAGAAGUGCCACCGCGGCAGCAACUGGUGCAAAGUGAACAAAAAAAACAGACACAUGCAAUGUCAUGAUCCUGUGGAACAUUUCUUCUGAUACCAAUCCCAGCUGAAGAUUAUGAAUUGUCGUCAGAAAUUCAUCUUUUUCUCAGUUUAUUGUAUCACAGUGCAUCAUGGGAGUGCCAAAAAAGAGUUUCUAUGUUGCAUCCUGCACCGAUCUAUUGCAUCCAGUCUCAGCAAAUAGUAAAAAUAAAAAGGUUUUGAAGUUUUUGAAUGUUCAACUGCUGAAUAACACACAGUUUACUCCAGCUUGUUUCAAGUUGUACUUUUAAUUUUCCUUGUCUUUUAAAGUUAAUCGGGCCAAGCGCUUUGGUGUGUUCAGAUAUUUAUUUCACAAGAAUGAGCUCAUGCUGUUGUGAUUUGCACUUUUUAAACUACUAUGAUUAACUGCAGGUUUUGUAAUUUAUUUUGUUUUGCCGAUUUGAUUUGCAAAUGAAUGUUGUAGCUACUAAAUGUGUUUACUUACUGAGGUUGAGAAUAAAGGUUUCUCCUGCUUAAAUCUA